AUCACACCUCACAGCAGCAAGGCUUCUCACCCUCAGCACUGGCUGAUGCUCGUCUCCCAUGACUCCUGCACGGCUGUUUUGUAGGACACAAUAGGCAUCAGACCCAAGCAGUGAAGAUGGAGGAUUACUCAGACACGGUCACGUACGACUACAGCGACAUGACCCCCUCGUAUCCCUGCAUGAAGAACAAAGUUCAAGAGUUCGCUGUGGCGUUCUUGCCUCGCUUCUACUAUGUGAUCUUCAUCCUCAGUCUGCUGGGCAACGGCAUGGUCCUGUUUGUGGUCAUCAAGUUCGAGCGCGUGCGGACGGUCACCAACGUCUUCCUCCUCAACCUGGUGGGCUCCAACCUGGUGUUCACCUGCGGCCUGCCCUUCUGGGCCGCCUACCAGCGGGACCAGUGGACCUUCGGCCUGCCGCUCUGCAAGCUCCUGGGCACGGCCACCUACGUCAGCAUCAACAGCUCCGUGCUCUUCCUCACGCUGCUCACCAUCGACCGCUACCUGGCCGUGGUGCACGCGCUCGCCGUCAGCCAGCACCGCAAGAGCUGCUACGCCGUGGCGGCCUCGGCCUGCGUCUGGCUGCUGUGCGGCCUGGCGGGUGUGGGCCCGCUGCUGCGCUACGACGUCACCAACCACUGGGAGAACAACCUGCAGUGCAGGCAGACGCAGGAGGCGUACUGGCGGCGCCUGGACGUCUACGUCCACGUGGUGGUCUUCUUCCUGCUGCCGCUGGCGGUGGUGGUGUUCUGCUACGUGCGCAUCAUCGUGACGGUCGUGUCCACGCAGAUCAGCGGCAAGCACCGCACGCUGCGCAUCGUCUUCGUCAUCCUGCUGCUGUUCUUCGUCUGCUGGACGCCGUUCAACGUCAUGCAGGUGGUGGAGCAGGAGACGCAGAUGGACUGCAACGACGCCGUCGACUACGCCCUCUACAUCACGCGCAACGUCGCCUAUCUCUACUUCUGCGUCAACCCCGUGUUCUAUACGUUCCUCGGCCGCAAGUUCCAGAACUACGUCCGUAAACUUCUCGUGAGCUACGCGCCGUGCUUGAAGGGUCACCUCUCCGUGGCGGCCACCAGUCGGUCAUUAUCUCACCGCAGUCCGCAUAGCCUACAGGAUCAGGGACAGUGUGAGACCAUGCAGAGCAACGUAUCUCACUUCACUGUGGCAAAAAUAUGAGAAUGGGAUGAUUGUGAUGUUGCGUGGACGCUUGCUGUCUUCCCCAGGUGUGUAAAAGCAAAAGGGUGAGAAUAGGUAGGAACAAGUGUUAUCUGUCUAGAACAUCUUGUUUAUAAAUUCCAGCACAGCAUAGCUGAAGUUUCUCGGAAGAUACCUGCAUGGUGCGCAUUACUUUCAUGUGAAUAUACUGUGUGUAAUGUUUAGCCAGUAGAAUACAAAAAAAACAUCCCUAUUUCCAAAGAAAGAGUGUUUUAGGCUGAUAUCAUGUUUUUUUGAAUUUAGAAGGAAAGACAGGUUUCCAAAUCAUUGUUGACAUGUUAUGUUCUCACCACAUGAUUACUCAUCGAAAUGUUGGUCAAUACAUUUGGAGUGACCUAAUUACCAAAGACAAACAACAGGUGGUCUCAUUUAGAUUCACAAGCUAUUUUCACAUCUGUCCUCUGUCUUUUGUGGCUUAAAGUUGUUGUUUUUUAAGUUGUGGUUGUAGAUUUUAGUCUUCUUCAAACUGUCAUUUCCUUUGUUUCAUCAUUUCAAGCUGCAGAGAUGACUUGCGCCGGUGGAGUUUAUGCAAUCACUAGGCAUGGCACGGCAAGCAGCGCUAGCUAGAGACUCUCAAACAGAUGGCUGCACUGAUAUCAUUUUCACAACCACUUGCGCCGACGUCCAGUAUUUUAACAGAGCUUCAAUGGCACACAUAGCCACAGCCUUCAGGGUGAAAUUACAGGUUUGCGGCCUGAAUGAAUGAAAGGUCUUUUUUUAAGUGGACAUUUAUAAGCUUGCUUACUAGUGUCCUUGUACAGUAAAUGAAAAAUCUAUGGGCUUUUUCUCUCUCCUCUCUCUCUCUCUCUCUCUCUCUCUCACGAGCACACACACACACGCACACACACACACACACACACACACACACAGACUCUCUGUGUCUCUCUCCCUCCCUCUCUUUCUCUCUCUCUCUGAUCACACAGACUGAUUCCCCAGCCACACUAAAGGAUUGUUUUCUAAUUGCUGUGUUUGGGGUUCUUUCUAAUGGUUUGUUAAUUGAGUGUCAUUAGGCUGUUGUGCUCUUGUGCUGUCAUCAAUGCCACUAAACAAAUAAAACUCCACAUUCUGUGGC